GCCCGAUGACGCCGCAUAUAAGCGGCUGUUUGUCACUGUGAUGCAAGAAGGUGACGACAAUCAAUCAAAUGAGGAAUUCGGUCCCAGUUCUGACACUAGUCCUAAUGACUACGAAAACCCGGAUUUCGUCGAUGGAAUCGCCCACGGAACAACAGGCUCUAUGCCAUCCGUUAACGCCUUAUCCGAUUCAUUUGAUGAUGAGCGAGAUCCGCCCUGGCGACAUCACUCUCACAGUGAGGCAGAGGCCGAGCUGGCUUCUCUGAAUACGCCACAGAAUCCGAUGCUUCUUGUCGCAGAUCGCAAGGCCGGUGAGGAAGGAUGGGUGUUGCACUUGGCUGUGAAUCAUAAGGGAGAGAUUUUGCCGUUUAGAAUUCAUGAUAGGGCGUCUUACUCGUUUCAGAUAAUUGCAAAUUUGAUGGAGGGUCAGCAUUUGCAAGAAAGCGCUUCAGAUCCUGAAGCAGACGAGGAGCGCUAUAUGAGUUCUGGUGACGGAUGGGCACCAGAUAAAUCAACGAGGAGGAUUAUGGCCUUUGAUGGGAAGCUCCUCAGCUUGCGGGAAAGUCAAGAU